AUGGGUCAGCUAAGCAGAGAUUCAUCCCGACGUGCAUCUACAGACGAGCAAGAGACGAUUGAGGUCAAGCGCGAAGAGUCGGUGGAUGCAGAGCUUGCCCACGAGCUGAGCACCACCCGCGUAGCCGCCAUCAAGCAUCACAGCUCGGCGAGCCCGUCGGCUUCACCUUCUCUGGAACCGGCCCGGUUAAAGUCCUCACGUUCAUCCUCUGUAUCGACAUCUUCUUCAGUUCGGCUUCGCGCCGCUGAUCCUGACACGUCAACUGCCAAGAAAGAGCCGAACGAGGCGAAUGGUCACCACUCGACCUCCACCGCGCCCGUCAAGCCUGAACCCAAGGAGCCAUCAAAGCCCGCAAAGACCUCCCGGGCCACCUCUAAGCUUCCCCCUCGUGUCGCUCCUCUCUACGACCACCUCCCCGAUGCAACAAAAGAAGCCACCUCGACAUUCACUGUCAUUGAUACGUGCACUUACCAAAACAAAUAUCUCGGUUACAGCGAACAUGCUCUCGACUGCGAUUGCAGCGAGGAGUGGGACCCGUCCACCAGGCAGAAUCUUGCCUGUGGAGAGGAUUCCGACUGCAUCAACCGCGCGUGUAAAAUGGAAUGUGUCAAUGACUGCGGCUGCGGUACCUCGUGCCAAAACCAGCGGUUUCUCAGACGCCUCUACGCCAAAGUGUCCAUCAUCAAAACCGAAAAGAAGGGCUAUGGUCUUCGCACCGACGUCGAUUUGCGACCCCAUGACUUCAUCUUUGAAUACAUCGGCGAGACCAUUCCUGAAGGGACUUUCCGGAAGCGCAUGCGGCAGUAUGACGACGAAGGGAUCAAGCAUUUCUAUUUCAUGUCUCUGAGCAAAGGUGAGUUUAUCGAUGCUACGAAGAAGGGAAACCUUGCUCGUUUCUGCAACCACUCUUGUAACCCCAAUUGCUACGUUGACAAAUGGGUGGUCGGUGAUAAAUUGCGCAUGGGCAUCUUCGCCGAGCGCUAUAUCAAGGCUGGGGAAGAACUGGUCUUCAAUUACAAUGUCGAUCGAUAUGGCGCCAAUCCGCAGCCCUGCUAUUGUGGCGAGGCCAACUGCACCGGUUUUAUCGGAGGCAAGACCCAGACCGAACGAGCCACCAAGCUGUCAGCCGCGACUAUCGAAGCCUUGGGUAUCGAGGAUGAUGAUUCAUGGGAUACCAUGGUUGCGAAACGGCCACGCAAGAAGAAGACGGCGGAAGACGACGAGGACUACGUGGACAGUGUCGAAGCCAAAUCUCUAGACGUCGAUGGCGUUACCAAGGUCAUGGCCGCACUGAUGCAAUGCAAAGAGAAGUGGAUUGCCGUCAAGCUCCUGCAACGCAUUCAACGAUGUACCGAUGACCAGGCGUGGCACCGAGUCGUCAGAUUCCACGGGUACCAGAUCCUCAAUUCGCAGCUCUCGGCAUGGCGCGAUGACGAGAACAUUAUUCUUCAGAUUCUCGACGUCCUUGACCGACUGCCCCGGCUCACGAGGAAUAAAAUCGUGGAUGCCAAGAUUGACAAGACCAUGGAGUCUUUAACCAAUCAUUCUGACGAGAGAGUAGCGACCCAGGCGUCAGCGCUGCUGGAUGCGUGGUCGAAGCUCGAAUUAGCGUACAGAAUACCCCGGAAGAAGAGGGAAGAUGCUUCCACACCCGUCAAGACGGAGACCACGCCAUUUGAGCGGAGAGAAUCUGCCCAGGGACGAAAAAGAUCCAAAUCGAGGUCGCCAUCUCCGCCGAGAGGGCCUGCUUCGAUAAGUGCGCCCUCCGGCCCACGGUCACUCCAGCGACCGGGAUCCUUCUACUCACGUCCCCCCAUACCUUUUCAUCGUGGGCCGCCUCCAUUGCCGCGAGGCUGGUUUUCGGCCCAAGACAAAGGCAGGACUUAUUACUAUUCUGUUAACGGGCAGACCACAUGGGCCCGACCGACGAAACCCGCAGAAGAAGCCCCUCCCCCACCGCCACCGAAACAGCCAUCCGAGCGAGAUGUGCUGAAGAGUAUCAUUGAGAACAUCGUCACGUCUCACGACAAAGACACCAAAAACAGUACCCCGGACACGCCGGAGCCUACCAAAGUGAAGAAGGAAGAGAAGUGGAAGUCGUACGACAUUGAGAAACAGAAGAAGCUCUACGAGAACACUCUCUUCCCCCAUAUCUCACACGUCAUGAACAAAUACAAGCACAAAAUUCCCCGGGACGACCUGAAACGAUUUGCAAAGGAGAUCGCUAAAAAGCUAGUGGCCUCAGACUACAAGGCGGGGCGAGUGACGGAUCCCACCAAAAUUGAUGAGCGGCAACAGAAGAAAGUGAAAGAGUUUUGCAAGCAAUUCUUCGAAAAGGCUUACCAAAAGCACAAGAAGCACGAGGCUGAAAGGGCGGCGGCAAAGAAGGAGAGGAAGAAGGGCCCAGGAGACGGUGAGGGCGCCGUGGCGUCACCUGCUCAGUCCCCUACCAUAUCGCCUCCUGAAGCAGAUGCCGCCUUGGAUAAUGAGGACAUCAAAAUGUCGGAUAAUGAAGACGGGGACGCAGAUGCUACGCCCGGUUUCAACACCCCAUCCGAGCCCAAUGGAGCUGGGACGUUAAAACGGAAGCGUAUCGAGACAGAGGACCUCGCUGGGGCCGGAGCCGAGGACGAACGAGAACCGAUUGGAUCCCCGGUCAAGAGAGUCAACGUGGAGGCUGAGACGCCACCACCCCCGCCACCUCCUCCUGCGCCGCCAGUAGAGACGCCGCCCGACAGUACACCCCGCGACGGGGAACAUGAAGGCGCUGAUGUGGAAAUGGGCGGCGACACAGACAUCUACGCGGACACCAAUUUCAAGGGAAAGAGCAUGGCGGACGUGCUCGCCCAGGCGCAGGCGGAAGAUGUGGAUGACGGGGAUGACGCGGAAGACGUGGUCAUGAGGAAUGGCAUUGGCCCGGAGGCGGAGGGGGCGAUUAGAAAUCCCAUGGUCGAUGAUCAGCCCGUUGACGCGACAGAGGCAGGCGGAUAA